UUCAUUUUUAUUAAAAGGUCCUAAAAUUACAAAAAUAAUAAAAAUAUUCUGGAUUGCGCAGGAUUUGACGCAUCAUGUGAUUCCAUCUAGUGCCAUUUUCUUUUACUAAAAUGUAAGUUGGUAACUUAAACGUGGUAUGUAAAUCGGGAAAAUUUAAUAUCAACGGGUUUUGAAUUAAAUUACAAACUCCAUUAAAAUUCAUUAUUGCAAGUUCUUACGCUUCCCAUCAUUCAAUUAUAUGAUAUUUAAGAAGAAAUAAAAGAAAAAAUAUAUGUCAAAGUCAAACGUCAUAAACGUCUACUGAAUCGAUACAAAAACAAAGUACACCAUGAACAGGAAAACGAUUAAAAAUUUAAAAGUGAAGGUUAAUUAAUAAUUUAUAAAUAACUAAACUACGUUGUGAGUGGUGUGAUGUUGGAGGUGUGGUUAUUGCGUCGACGUAAUGUUGUUUACGACACACAGCCGAGGGGCUACGCAAUAUCUUCCGAUCUAACUGAAAUGUAAAUUUAGGUAUAAUGUGGGUAUAAUCUAUUCGAGAUCCUGAUAAACAAUAACAAACACUACACGUGUCGAGUGUUUUUGACUUUUACUUUCCAGGUAUUUUGUUUAUUCACUUGCCAACAAGUGUAUCGAACGUUUAUUAUCUUGCUAAUUCAUGUUUGCAGUUGAAAAUUAUUUUUUUGUUUCGCAGUUUCGUUGUUCGCGUGUACGUAAUCAGCUGAUAGGUACUGUAUCAUAUAUAAAAAUAAAUAUUUCGCACUUACUGAUGCAGUAAUACUUCAAGUGUUUUACGAGAAACUUGCUUCAAUUUUAUUUAUAACUUAUUUAAUCGCAGCCUACGUGAUACGUGACCCUUUGUUAUAAUCAAUAAAUUGUUAAUUUAAUUUUAGUGUUUGUGGUUGAUAAACUUUAAGAAAAGGUUUUAUUUGUGAUUGUGAUACAAAUUAUAAAAUGUCGUCUUUACCCAGAUGUGCUAGAGUUGGAAUUUCAACUCAUAGGCAGAUUAGUUCCGGACCGUCGAAUUUAGAUUCAGCCAAAAUGCACGUCAAAAAUAUGGUCCUCACUCAAUGGAAAUUGAUAAACGGCUUAAAAUUUUACCUACUGAAAUUGACCAACGACAAAACGCUGGAGAACGCCCUGAACACCGAAUUCGCGCAGUUUCUGCAGAAGAUAAACUUCAAGAUACCCAAGAAGGAGAUGUUGCAGUACUUCGCCUCGGACAAGGACAAAGACAAAGACGAUUCCAGCAAAGCACCCCCUGCAGACGCCAAGGAUAAAAAGGGCCAGAGCAUCCAGAGUCGACUGCAGAACAUACCUGGCAUGUUCAGUUCGCUUAACAUAGGCAUGAAAACCGCUGAAGAGAAGAAGAAGGAGAGUAUGCCUAAUUGGAAAUGUGCCCCGAAACCAGUCAUAUCAAAAGAAUCGAUAGCCUCACGAACCUGCCAAGUAAUUACCUCUAUAAAACUAGCCGAAAGUGACCACUUGAAAAUGAAGAGAAUAGAAGAUUUGGUAGCUCAUUUAGAACGAUAUCCUCUGGCUAAACAUCACGCUGUUAAGGACGGUGCCAUCAGGGCGCUAUUACGGAUCAGAGAAGGCACCAAAGAACCAAACAUACAAGGCUCCGCGAAUUUGGCCUUAGCUUUAUUAGGUCACACGGACAUCGUUCCGGGCGCAGGCCUGCGAAUCCUCUCCAUCGACGGCGGUGGCACGAGGGGCAUACUAGUAAUCGAAAUGCUUAAAAAACUAGAAGAGUUCACGAAGAAACCAGUACACGAAAUGUUCGAUUUUAUAUGCGGCGUCAGCACGGGGGCGAUACUCGCCUGUCUCAUAGGAUUAAAACACAAAACGUUAGAUGAAGUAUCCGAUAUUUAUAAAAAUAUUAGCACGCAGAUAUUCACCCAGUCAGCCCUGGCCGGUACGAGUAAUUUGGUGUGGAGUCACUCGUAUUACGAUACAGCUUUGUGGGAGAAGUUACUGAAAGACCAGUGGCAGGAUCAGAUAUUAAUACACACUAGAAAGGAUCCAAGAACUCCCAAGUUUUGCGCAGUGUCCGCGGUGGUAAAUCAUUCCAGAUUAACAGCGUAUGUAUUUAGGAAUUACUCGUUACCAGUGAAAGUACAAUCUCAGUAUUGCGGUAAUUACAAUCAUUACGUAUGGGAAGCCAUCAGGGCUUCAGCUGCGGCCCCUACUUACUUCGAAGAAUGCAAAAUCGAUAACAUGCUCCAUCAGGAUGGAGGUAUUUUAGUGAAUAAUCCAACAGCUGUAGCGAUACACGAAGCGAGGUUAUUGUGGCCGCGCGCGCCUAUACAAUGCGUAAUAUCAUUUGGAACCGGAAGAACGGCUCCUAAUCCGAUGAUGGGAAUCGAUGGGUACACUUGUUCCUCUUGGAAAACGAAAUUUUUGGCUAUACUCGACAGUGCUACCGAUACUGAAGGUGUGCACACGAUGCUCUCGGAUCUUCUGCCUACGAACGUGUAUUUCCGCUUCAAUCCCUACCUGACGGAAAUGUUGAAUAUAGCCGAGAUUCACCCGCAAAAAUUGGAGCAGCUCAAGCGAGACGCGCUCAUGUAUUUGAGGAGAAACGAGGAUAAGUUUCAGAACGCCGCUGAGGCUCUUAGUCGGAAGAAAGGCAUCGGCCAGAAGGGGGUCGACUGGAUAAGUAAAAAAAGGGAAAUGUACGGAUUUUAAUUGCAGAGCGAACCUGAAACUAUGUGGAAAUAUAGGCUAAUGUAAACAAUUUGCCGGUCAAAUGAAAUUUACUUUGGAAGCAAAGUUGCUGGAUUUACUACACACUUAAUGCAGGAUACAUUUUAAUCUUCAAAUAAGUUUUAUUGGGCUCGUAAAUUGUUUAUGACAUUGGCCCCUUAAAAUGGGUAAUAACGUAAAAGUUAAUUGGAAUUGUGAUAUGUACUCGACUCGGAAUUAUUGGAAUAUUUCAGUAGAUUUAGUGAUUUGUAAGUUUUCCUGUACCAAAGAUUUUAUAUAAAAGUACCAACAUGUGAACAACCAGUUUUUCUCUACCAAGACAAAUAACAAUUUCAUUACACCAUUGAAAGUAAAAAUAUUUUAAUCAUUUCUGUAACAAUAAAGUGUAUAAGAAAACUUAAUCAAAAACUCGAAAAAUUUCGCCUCGAAAAAGCAAAAUAUCUAAAGCUCGAAUUUUUCUAUUAACCUAUCGACGUCUUCCUUCUCCUUCUCGUUGGUUUCUUUAAUGUAAUCUAACAAUUUCCACAAGUUACUCUUAUCGUCGCCGCUCAUAAACAUAACGAUAGCUCCGAAUCUCUUCACUUGCGUCAAAUGAGCUAAUACCUCAUAAACUUCAUCCCUGUUUGCUAUAAAAUCAUUCACCAGUAGUUCCAAUAUACCGCUGAAAAUAUUACUAUCCAUCGAAUGCAAAAAUAAUUUCGGCAGAUCUUGCGGUUUUAUCAUUUUAAAGUACUUGUAUCUCUCCGAGUUGGAGCUCAAAUUUUUCCAACACGUCUGGAAUUGCACUGAAUUGUUGGGGUAAACCAUUUUAACUUCGCUAUCGAUCGUUUCUGUGAGUUUUUUGUUAUCGUUAACUGUAUUUUUAAUAUCUUUAGGAGUCGUUGAUGAAUCGAUUCUUUCCAGAACUUUGAGAGCUUCGGUUCUAAGACAGGAUAAGUCGCUUCCGGGUUGCGGUAAAGAAGUGGACGAAACGGGUUCUUCCGGGACAGUUUUGUUGCAUUUUUGUUUCUUGAAAGCUGAUAUCGGUUUAUUAGAUUCUAGUGAAUUUUCUUUCAUCGGCUGUUGGGGAAUUUCUUUUAUCAGCUGUUCAGAAUUUUCUUUGAUUUCUAUGGUCUCCUCGCGCUUUUCUACAACAUGCUUCUUGACAGGUUUUUCGUUAGUUUCGAACCCGUCAAUUUCGGUAAUUUUAAUGCGCUUAAGGGGCUCUUUGGAACGCAUAUGGGGUGGUUUUUUAAUUGGCAUCACUUCGAUUAAAUCAUCGCUUUUAAGCCACUGUGGUACUGAUUUACUGUUGUCUAUUUGCUUGUCAGACACUUUGAUUUGCUUCUGUACAAGAUCAUCUUUCGAGAAGUUACUGAAAUUGUUCGAAUGCAAUUUAUUUCUAGAUGCCGUGAAUUUCGAUACGGCUCGUUGUUUAUCCUACAAAAAAUUACAAUUAGAAUACUAAAGUUAAGUAAUUAUAAACUUGUUAUUACUUUGUCUCGUUCCCUAUUCAAAGUGACUGAUAAUUUCAACAGUUCGCUUUUUGAUUCUUUGUUAUUAGGUUCAAUAAUCAAGACUUUCUGUAGAUCAACUUCGGCGUGUUCGAGCUUGUUAAGCUUCAUUCUAGCAGCAGCUCUUCUUUGAUAUGCUUUCACAUAAGUAUCAUCUAGCUUUAUGGAAAGGUUGCAAUCAUUUUCAGCUUCUUCGUAUCUACAAAAUCGAAUCAAUUAAAUAUUUAACGUAAAUUACUUGUAAAAUACUUACUUUUCGAGUUUCAAAUAACACAAAGCACGGUUGGCGUAAAAUAUGGGAUCGUACGAAUAAUGUCCGAUGGCUUUAGUGUAGCAUUCUGCAGCUCGCGCCCAUUCUUGAGAUUUCACGAAUUUAUUACCCUGAAAAUAUAAGUGGUUUGUAUACAAACAAUCGUGUCUAUUGAUACCAAUGUUUGAUCAAUAAGUGUUUUCUCGAGUAGCAAAAUUACCUUUUCUUUUUCAAUAAUGGCUUCAUCGUACUUUUCUUCAUUACAUUCGUCUGUUAGGUCAGAAUCGUCACCAUCGCCUUCUAAUUUAUUCAGUUCCGCAUCGACAUCGAAUUUGUCCCAAGCCGCGUAAUCGGUGCCACCGAUUUUUGUCGCAGGACUUUUGCCUUUAUCCGACCGGCUUGAUUUUCUCUUUUUAUGCCCCUUAGGGCCCUUCUUUUGAUCAAACGUAUCCUGUUACAGUAAUAAAUUAGUGCUAACUAGCGUGGUAAAUCAAGUUUGAUCACCUUACCUGCAUGUCUUUUUUGAACGAUUCCUCCUUGCGUUUCAUCUCUUCGCCCCAUUUUUUCAGAUCCUUGGAGAAUUCGAAAAUGUCGUUGGUGUUUUCUCUAAGCGCUUUUUGGAGUAAAAUUGGGUCGGUCAUUUUUUGAUCGCUACGAUGUUAUUUUACGAAUUCGUUUGAUUUGACAUUUCU